CACCCUUUAUCUUGUCACCUCUGGAGAAAGGCAAGAACUCUGUAGCAUGUCUCCCUGCUUCCAGUCUUGCCUCCCUGACAAUCUGUUCUUCACAUGGCUGCCAGAGAAGAUAUGAUUACAUAACACCUCUGCUUAAAUCCCUCCAGUGACCUAUUGCAUUUAGAAUAAUGUCCAAAUUCCUUUCCAGAGCCUUGGAGACCACACAUGGUCUAGCCCUUGCCAAUCUCUCUCACUCCUCCCUCCCUCACUUCAUGAACUCAGUGGAUUUUUUUUAAACAAGUAGUAAAUAUAAAGUUUAAUCCAUUAUGUAAACACAUAGAAUAAUACUCUGCAAAAAUAAGCACAUUCUCAAACCAUUUUGAAAAGAUUUUUGUUUUGUUUUUUCCAUAUUAUCCAGUUCAAAGCACAAUAAAUAAAUAGACAGAUAAAUAAAUAAAUAAAUAUUGCACUUAAGUGAUUGAUGGUGACCAUGGAAAGGUGUCUGCAAAGGGCUAGCAAAUUAAGUCAGACAACACAGAGGUCAGAUCUAAAUUACAAGGAAUAUUGAUAUGCUUUUCCUCUGCAGUUCUCUUAUUUUGAAAAGCAAGAAUCUAAUUUUUACUUUGCUCCAUUUUUUAACACAAGCACAAAUAUGCCCAUGCCUGUCUCCAGUAUCUGAUACUUUACACCCAAUCUAGGAACAAAAAGGAGAACUCCACAGGAGACUCACAGCCUACAUUCUAAUUCAGUUCCCAUGAAAAUUUAAGAAAACUAGGGGGCUGUCAACUGGUGAAAAAUAUGGUAAUGGAGUCUCCAGCAUUAACAGAACUUUUGAAAGACAGAAUCCAUCUCAAAAUUACACGUUUGGAGAUCAUAAAAAUCUCUGCUGAUCACAAACAGCCCACUACCCCCCGAGUUUGCAAACUGAUUUCUUCUGAUAGAGAUCCUACAGACGGAGGCUUUUGCAAAUGCAAAUCUGACCAAGUCACAUAUAGGAUAAAAUUAUUUUUCCUGGGCCCAGUGUGCCUCUCCUCAUCUUCAAAGAGGGAGAUGGGAACGAAAGACAUUCUAAUAAUAGUGACUGCUAUUUAUUGAUGGCCUGGCUUAGUAUGUCAGAUUCUGAAUUAAACAUUAUCUCAUUGAAUCAUUACAAGCCCCUUACUGAGUAUCAUCCUCAAUUUACAGGUGAGGAAACCAAGGCUUUGACUGGUUGCACGCAUUUGCCCAGGCUCACUCCCGAGGAAAGCUGCCUCCAAAUUCAAAGUUUGCAACCACCCCUGUACCCACCACGUUCAGCGGAGCAAUGGACCUAGAACUGCAAUUCCCGUGGGGCCGUGCGGCAGCCUCGCGAGAGUUGGCUUAAAUGCGGCGGCGGGAAGGCGGCAGACACGGCUAGUCCAGCGGUUGGGAGGGCAGACGACUGAGGCGAUGGCGGACAGUGGCAGCCCCGACAGCGAGCCUACGACGCGCACGCUUCUGCGGCGCGUGCUGGACACAGCGGACCCCAGCACCCCGCGGCGACUCCGGAGUGCUCGGGCUGGAGCCCAGAGAGCCCUGCUUGAAACUCCUUCCUCUAGGAGGUUGAGCAGCCAAACAAAGACAACUGCCAGGCGGCGUUCCCAAAGAAUCAGAUCUAUUGGCAAAUUGGCCCAUGUUCAGGCCAGUGGAUACCUGGAGGAACAGACACCCCGGACUCUGCUGAAGAACAUCCUGCUAACUGCCCCGGAAUCUUCCAUCGUGAUGCCAAAGUCGGUGGUGAAGCCAGGGCCAGCACCACAGGUGGUCCAGCCCUCCAGCCGGGAAAGCAGUCGGGGCAGCCUGGAGCUGCAACUUCCUGAGCUCGAACCCCCCACAACUCUGGCUCCAGGUCUGCUUGCUCCUGGCAGGAGGAAGCAGAGGCUGAGAUUGUCAGUGUUUCAGGAAGGAAUGGACAAGGGGCUGCCUCUCUCCCAAGAGCCUCGUGGAAAUGCUGAUGCCUCCUCCCUCACCAGUUCCCUCAACCUGACCUUUGCCACACCUCUCCAGCCACAGUCAGUGCAGAGGCCUGGUUUGGCCCGCAGACCUCCCACCCGCCGAGCUGUAGAUGUGGGUGCAUUUUUGCAGGAUCUGCGAGCUACCUCCCUGGCUUUGGCUCCUCCAGGUGAGAGCCUCACAGCCUCUGUUGCUACCCUGCCAACAGACACUGUGUUGGAGGACACCCAGCCUUUCUCCCAGCCUUUGGUUGGCCGGUCCCCCAGUGUGCACCACUCCCUGCCCUGCCCUUCUCAUUCUGGGGCUGAAGAUGCUGAGAGGGCUGUUAGUCACAGGACACGGAGCACUGGACCUAGGCUGCAGAACAACAGUCCCGGGAAACCAGCCCAACUUUUGGCAGGAAAGGCAGAGGUUGAUGCCCUUGCUAUGGACUUCCCAAACACCAGCAGUAGUAUCUUUGGAGAAGUUGGAGUAGAGCCCUUACAGGAUGGAGUUGGUGGGGAGGCAGAGGAAAGAACAGAAAAAAGCUUGAGCAUGAGCAAAGUGAAGGAAGCAGCAAGAGCACAAGGAUCUGCCAGAGCACAAGAGCCUGAGGGACACACACAGGUGACAGAAGCGGAGGGAUCCCAGGGGGCUAUUGAGACCAAGGAGCCAGAAGGAUCGUCAGGAGAUUGUCCUACCUCUAGUAGGAGAGUAAGUCCAGAGUUGGCCUCCAGCACCCCGGAGUUUCUUCAGGCCAAGCGAAUUCAGGGUCUUGAGCCAGCCCCACCGCCUAACACUGCAGUCUCACCUUCAGAGCCUCUGGAGCCUCUGUCAGCCAGGCUUCCUCCCAGGGCUCGAACUCCUGGCCCUAAGACCUGUCAAAAUCCCUACAAGACUGGACUGAGCCACUAUGCAAAACUUUUUGGCUUCUAUGCUAAGAUGCCCAUGGAGAAGAAGGCUCUUGAGAUGGUGGAGAAGUGCCUGGACAAGUAUUUCCAGCAUCUUUGUGAUGACCUAGAGAUGUUCGCUGCUCAUGCUGGCCGCAAGACUGUGAGGCCAGAGGACCUGGAGCUGCUGAUGCGACGGCAGGGCCUGGUUACCGACCAAGUCUCCCUGCAUGUGCUUGUGGAGCGGCACCUGCCCCUGGAGUACCGGCAGCUGCUCAUCCCUUGUGCAUUCAGUGGCAACUCUGUCUUCCCUGCCCAGUAGUGGCCAAGCCUUGAUACCUGCCCUGUCCCUACCUGGGGCCCCUUGGCUCCACAUACUCUUCCAGGUCUCCUCCCUAACCGCCAGUAUCAAUAAAGUGUCACAAACAGAAUAUGCUGUGUUUUGGUGCAUGUCUUGG